AUUAUUAAAAAGGCAUUGAAUGAAGAUAGGAGAGCGACAACUUCAAAGUCUAGUUACUCGGAUUUGGUGACUGAAACUGAUCAGGAAGUAGAAAAGAUUCUUAUUCGUGGCUUGAAGAAAAUCUACCCAAAUCACAGAUUUAUUGGUGAAGAAUCAGUUGCUGCAGGAGAAAAGUGCGAACUGACUGACCACCCAACCUGGAUUAUUGAUCCAGUGGACGGCACUACCAACUUUGUUCACAAGUUUGUUGUGGCCAAUAGGCUUGUGGAUUGGUUCCGUGUUACCCUUGGUCCUCGGGGAUAUUGUCUCAUUUCCACCCGUCAUCCUUGGUGGUAUGUGUAACGAUUUUCGUUGCAUAAUAGUAGGUGGUGGUUCCUCCAUGGUGUGUUUAAGGUCCACACGAGUACGUCUGUAACUGCCAUCCGGUGUGUCCACUGUGUACAACCUCUCAUCGAGCCUAGCCACUACAACACCUUUCUUCCAUUCUCGUUGUCCUUUAGCGAAAGGCUUCAUUCUUACGGUGUCACCUUCUUCCAGUGCAGGCAGAUCUUUUGUGUUUUUGUUGUAGUACUUUGUUUGUCUAUUCUUCAGCUGUUGCAGUUGAUGUCUCUCUGUUUCAAAGUUGGUCACCCGAGGCUUGAAUAGGUUUGGUGUCAUUGGUAACAGGGUGCGUGCCUGACAGUUAUUUAAAUGCUGCAUGGGGCUACUGCCUAUUCCUUGUGUUGGGGUGUUGCGAAUCUCCAGCAGGGCGAUAAUAUGGAUCAGUUCCGGACUUCUUCAUCUUCCGUAGCAUCCGCUUUGCUGCCUUCACCGAUGACUCUGCCUUGCCAUUUGCUUUGCUGUUGUAUGGACUCACGGUGACGUGUUCAAAAUCCCAGUCUCUCGCGAAUCUCUGGAAUUCAUCGGAUGUCAGAUUUUGAGCAUUGUCGCUAUUGACCUGUUCAGGUAUUCCCUGUCUGGCAAAAUGCCUUUUUAGUUUGCUGAUGAUAGUUGAAGAGUUGGUUCUCUUCAGUCUGCCCACCUCCAAGAAAUUGGUGUCAUAAUCUGACGUCACUGUCUUCCCAAGUAAAUAGGUCGAUUGCAACCU